CUCACUCUUUCAUAAGAUUAAAUUAUACAUGACUGCUCAACUUAUUAUUUCAUUUAACUUUAAGAUCACACCAACCGUCUACAGUUUCAAGUAUGCCGGUUCCCUUACCGACUCGAAAAUUGAGUUGGUUUUGUCACAGGUGAAGCGUCUCUUUGGUGAUAAGAUAGUUAAAAUUGAGCCGGCUAGAGCAUAUACAAAAAAUAUUUCAAUUGACGCAAACAAUUUAGCACCGCUUGGUAAAGGAUAUCGUUUUUCAUAUUUACAAUCAAACCAAAGGUACGAUGAAAGUGUUAACUAUUUUGGGAUGCAUGUAGAGGAUGCCUGGUACAAAGGAUGUAAUGGUAGCGGUGUUACAAUUGCUGUUAUUGAUAUAGGGAUUAUUGCGGACAUUUAUGACAUCCGAAAGAAUCUGAAUAUGGAUUUGGCCUAUAACUUUUUUGAUAAAACAACGAAUGUGACUCCUGGGGAAAUCUUGAUGAAUUACAGAGCUGAAUCAAUGCGUUGGCUAAGUCAUGGGAUUCAAUGUACCAGCAUAAUAGCUGCAGAGAAAGGAAACGGAUUGUGUAAUGCUGGAAUUGCUUUUGAGGGAAAAGUUGUUCCAUUGAAAGCAUUUACCUUGUUGCAUGAGUAUCAUGUUUUCAAAGUACACACAACAGACGAUGUCAUUGCCGCUGCGCUAACUCACGGUCUUAAAGACAUUCACAUCUACUCAAAUAGCUGGUCAUCGACGCCGACAAAAUUCAGUCCACUUGGUUUAGUGAUGAGAGAAGCCAUUUUACACGGAGUAACCAAUGGAAGAAAGAAACGUGGAUCAAUAUAUGUUUUUCCGGAUGGGUCGGAUGGAAUAACAGGAAUCGGGGCUGCAAACAGUAUACACACCAUUGCAGUAAACAAUGUGGGUGUUGGAGGAACAUUGCUAGAGAACCAUGAAGUUAGUGCCUGUGUGAUAACAUCAGGACUCGGUAAUGGGAACAGACUUCAUACACAUUUUAUGAUGACAUCAUCAUAUAACGAUGCAUGUGUUGGAUCAUUUGAGGGUGUUUCCGCGGCUGUUGCAGAAGUUUCUGCUAUCAUAGCUCUAGUCUUACAAGCAAGGCCAGAUUUAACUUACCGGGACAUUCAGCAAAUACUAGCAGAAUCUUCAGACAGAGAGGAACUUGCAGAAUCACCCAACUUUCUUCAAAAUGGUGCUGGAAAAUAUUACCAUCCAUUCUUUGGCUUCGGAUUACUGAAUGCAGAUAAGGCAGUAACGAUCGCGAAGACAUGGCGUCAGGUUGGAAAGAUGUUCAGUAAUACUUUAGACUUGAAGAGAAUUAGUUCAAUUCAACUGCAUCAUAAAUACUCCAUUAAAAUGAUGACGAAAGUGACAUUUCAAAUGAAAGAAGAUCCGUGUCGUCACCAUGUAAAUACAAUAGAACACGUGGUCUUACAAAUACCACAUGAUGUCAUCAAACAGAGAGGUGUCCGCAUUGAAAUAGUUUCACCAAGCAAUACACGGUCUCUUGUUGUAGAUAAUAAAGAUGGUCAAAAUAUUGACCCGGAUACUUCACCUAGAGAUCUUACUAGUGUUCAUUUCCUUGGAGAAUCUCCAAUUGGGCAUUGGUACGUUAGAAUACAAUUUGACCACGAAACAGUAAAAAUCCACAUGAAAUCAGUGUCUUUAACUGUACAUGGGACUUAUGACAAGGCGAAAAGAAAUCGUUCUGAAACAUGUUCACCUCCACCAGAAAAGCCACCCACUCAUAAAGAAAAUACCACAAAGAAAAGACACGAAACUGCCAACAACCACAGAAACACACCGAAAAUUGAUCAUACUGCUACAGUGAAAAAAUCCACGUCAACGCACGUAAAGCCUCAACAUUUCAUCAUUGUCGGAGUUUUGAUCGUCAGCCGUGUUUUACGAUACAUGUAUAUUUCAUGAUAUUAGACAAUAGUUUGCUGUUUGUCUUUUGUCAUUUAAAAUGAAUGUUUUUGACAUGGGGUGUUCACCGAGAGCUGCAAUAAAACAAAUACCUGUAUUAAAAGUUGAAAAUAAAGUCUCGGUUGAAGAGGAGAGAUGAAAGGUUGCGCAAAAGAAGCAUGGAUUCAAUCUUUAACAUUAAUAAGUGCCAUAAACAGUCUGCUACAAAUAUGAAAUGUCAGAUAAGACAAUGAAAAAUCCAUACAUUUAAAGAUAGCUUGCAUGCCCUACAAGGAUAAGGUGUUUUAAAGUUAAUGCCAUUCCAUUUUAAGGGGACCAAAGAACAUAAAGUAAAAUGUACAAGAUGGGGUUGAAUGUGACAUAACAAACAUUAUCAUUCUGAUAUUGUUAUUCUGAUAGAAAAACAUUUGAUUCAUGUUGCCAAUUUUAUUUUUAUUGGGUUUUAAGUUAAUUAGAUUAGUGAGCGAAAUGUAGUAAAUAACUAUCUUGAACUAGAUGAUAUAGAUUGGUUAAUAUGUCUCAUAUAAGAUGAUAUUACACAGUGACAUUGCUCAUAUCAACUGAUAUUAUAUAUAUAUAAGUAAAUCAAAAACAUACGAAUAACUGUAUCCGAAGUUCAACAUUGUGAUAUAUAUUUAUGCUCAUUACCUUGUUUAAUGCUAUCCUAUUUUGUCAUUAUAUUAUCAGCUUUUUAUGUUCUUAAUGUGAAACUUGUUUUUAUCUUGUAUAUAUGCUGUUAUUAUGACACUCUCGGCUCAUGGUAUUUUUGGUAUAUUUAGCAUAGAUAAAUAACAUUUUGCAUACUACUGCUUAAUAUCAUUUUUGUAAAGAUAAGAAUGUUUUCUUUUAUAAUUUAUUUGUGUUUUAUUAACCAUUUGAAUACUUUUAUUUAAAAAAAUAGUUUUAUGUCCUUUCCUGUAAAACUUACUUUGACUGUUUUAGAAUUUCAAAAUAAGAUAAUUACUUAGUCUUCCAGUAACAAUCGCUUAUCUUCAGCCGUUUAGUUUACAAGUGUUGCCAAAGUCAAAUUUAAUUAUAAAUGUGUUCAUAGCCAGUGUAGAGUUGCUUUAUUUUUACCAUUUUUAAAUAUACACAUUCAUAAAACGAUACAUUUUUGUAAUUGACAAUAAGGUGUCAAACACUUGUUUAUAAUGCUCUGAUAUUUUCAUAUUUUAGGGAAAGAUGGCAGGACCCCUCAUGUGCAGAAAAAUAUGUAGUUUUCUAAGUUUAAAUCACUCCAUAUUAACUUUAUUAUACAAGAAUUUUAGAGGGGAUAAGUGGGGGAAGUAUAUACUUCUAGGUGGGUAAUGAGGCUUAAUUUCGACCCUAAAUUGACCUACUAAAAUCUUUUUUAAAUAGUUAAUGUUUCUUGAAGUAAAGUUAUAAGAACUCAUAUACAUGUAUGUUGUUAAGUUACGUCUGACAUAGAUGGCUAUGUAAUUUAAAUGUGGAUUUUGGUAUUUAGUUACAUUGAUAAUAAUUCAGCAAUUUUGUUGUCUUGCCAUUCCAAAUUCUUCCAUAAUACGUGAGAACAUUGUACUAAUCUUAUUUUCUGAUUCAUCGUCGACUUCUUAUUAACAGUUCUUUGUUAAUUUAAUUAGGAAUUAGCAACAGAAUAAAUUCCCUUAAGCUAAUUUAUGUCAUCCACGUUUAACAUACCACGUUCCAAGUAAAUAAAAUGACACAGACAAUCUUUAAGUUAAUGAAACAAUGUUUAAUAGAAAAGAAUUUUACCUGAAGUAAAAUUACCCGUGAUUAUAUUUUUUACUUUCUUUAUCAGCUUGCAUGUAUUGUUUUUCAAUUGAAUUGAUUGCAGAUUAUAAUAUGAAUUUUGGAAAUGAAAUGUAUUGUAUAUAUGGAUCCCCUAGAUCCGAAUUAGUUUACCUAUCACAACAAGAAAUGACCACCAAGAGUUAAACAAAUGUAAAAUAUAUGU